GCGGUGUGGGGCUGGGGGCUCCCCCCUGCCCCAUCCCCUCAGCACCCCAGAUUUCCCGACGCCGCAGCCCCCUGUCCACGCAGAGCCGCCCGCUGCCAUGCCGGUGACCGUGACCUUGGCCGGCCCGGCCCCGUGGGGCUUCCGCAUCACGGGGGGAAGAGAUUUCGGGAAGCCCAUCACCGUCUCCAAGGUGAUGGAGCAGGGGAAGGCAGCCGCGGGCGACCUCCGCCCCGGGGACGUCAUCGUCUCCAUCAACGGGGAGAGCGCGGCCGAGAUGCUCAACGUGGAGGCGCAGAACAAGAUCAAGCAGAGCCCCGGGCAGCUCCGGCUGCAGGUGGAGAGGCUCCUGCUGCCCUCUCCCAGCCACACCAACGGGGACAGCUCUCCGGACAGGCUGGCCGCACGCUUCCAGGACACCGUGAGGAUGCGGGAGGAAGGCUCCUGGAGACCCCCGCCCUUCGCCCCCCGGCCCGUCAGCCCCCUCUCCCCCAGCCCGAGGCUCGCCGAUGGCCGGGGCGAGCUGGGGCUCGGUGGCCACGGCUCCCAGCCCCUGCCCAGCGCGCCCGAGGAGCUGCCACGUCCCGGCCUGCCCCAGGAGCCAGGAAGCCUGAGCCACCGCAACAGCUCCCCGGGGCCUCUCCUGCCUCCUUCCCCCCAGCCACCAUCGCCACCAAACCUCUGGGAGACGGGCAGGGAGCAGCGCCCGUCUUCGCCCUCCCCCGGCCCCCGCAACAGGUACGGAGCAGGUUUUUUUUGGCCAGGAUGGAGGCAGGAAAGCCCCCAGCCCACCCGGCGUGGGUUCAACCUCCCCAGGGGAGCCCUGCAAAGAGUUAACGCACCUGCGAGGCAGGUCGGGGUGUGGGAGGUUUUUCGGGCAGGCUGGGGCAGGUGCGGGCAGCGGGUGCAGCGCGGCCGAUUCGGGUGCCCGGAGCCCCCCCGUCCCUUCCCCGCGGUGCCGUUCCCCCAGCCCGGGCCCCGAGCCGGCCAUGCGGCGCUUGGAGGAGGACUCGGAGGUGUACAAGAUGCUGCAGGAGAACCGGGAGCUGCGGGCGGCCCCGCGGCAAUCCAGCACCUUCCGCCUGCUGCAGGAGGCUCUGGAGGACGAGGGCGGAGCCGGCCCCGCAGCCCCCUUCCCCAGCCGGCUCUCGCCCAGCGCCCGCAAGCCGGUGGCCGGCGUCCAGAAGCUGCACACGUGCGAGAAGUGCGGCAGCAGCAUCGCGACGCAAGCGGUGAGGAUCCAGGAGGGUCGCUACCGGCACCCGGCCUGCUACGCCUGCUCCGACUGCGGCCUCAACCUGAAGAUGCGGGGACACUUCUGGGUGGGCGACGAGAUGUACUGCGAGAAGCACGCCCGCCUGCGCUACCAGGGCACCCUGGGGGGGCCCAGCGCCCCCCCUGCACCCACCCCAUCCUGAGCCCCCGCUGCCACCCGCGUCCCCUGCCGCCGCGGGGAGCAGAGGGCACCCGCGGCACCCCGGUGGCCCCGCUGCUUUGGUGGGGUGGGGGCACCUGGGGGGCCAUGGCCAGGUUGGGUGUGCGAUGAGCGGGGUCGGGUCUCGGCCUGGCCGUGCCGUGGGGUCCCUCGCUGUCACCGCCGGCACCCACGGGGACGCGGGGGACACAGGGGACGUGGGGGACACGGGGCACGUGGGGACGCUUGAGCACAUAGGCACCGGAGAGGGGGCUGGCACCGCUUCGCACCCUGCCUUCGAAGGGCUGCUCCGAGGUAUUAAAGCAGAUCUCUAUAUAAAUAUAAUAUAUACCUGC